UGAAUUCAAAUGCUUGAUAAUUGGUACUUCUUUUCAACUAUUUUUAGUGAUUCUAUCAGAAAAGGACUUCUCUAUACUCCUAAUAUAGGAGAAUAGAUUGAUGAGGAUGUUGCUGUAUCAUUUGAACAUAAAAGAGGAAUCAAUUAUUAACAUGAAUAUAUGAGACUAUAUAUUGCUAAUGUAGUCUUGACUUAAUAAUUAAAAGAAUUGCUCUAAGAAAAGGGGGAUUUAGUCUCUAAAAUCAAUCGACUCGAAGUAUUUUUUACUUAAAAAUUUAGGAUACAGAGAUAUGUAAAACAAACUCCAGAAAAUUAGAUUACGAGGAACCUAAAAAAUCAGAAGUACUUUCAAAAAAAUAAAUAGGUAUUUAGUUUAUAAUUAUCAUUAGUGCAGAAGGUUCAACUAAAUACAAUGAUGAAAAUGCAGCUCCCAACCAUCAAUAUCAAACUAGAAAAUUAAUUAAAAGGAAUUGA